CAUGCCUUUCCUUGCUCCCUGGUUUCCUCUCUCUGCGUUCCUCCUGACGUUCAAUGCAGCUCCGCGGGAGCUUGCACAUUCACCGACAAAGCCAGCCCUCGCAGACCGAGGAAGGCUCCCAGCGAGCCUGGACUGUGUGCGCAGGAGAGGGCUGCUUCCCUGGUGCCGGGCUGAAUGCAGCCCCAUCCCCUGCUGCCGUGAGAGAGAGCCUGGGAGUGGGGUGGGAGCCCCAUCUCAAAGCCCAGCGUUGGAACUAUGUAGCUCUCUUCGGGGGUCUCCCGCUGUGGCACGGAAGGGAGCGAAAAGUACUUUGGAGUCCAGCCGAUGGGGACGCCGCUCUCAGCAAGGAUUGGAGCGAGCCAGCGCCUGCAUCUUUGUGCGGUGGCAAAGUUUCCUGGCUUCUUCCUUGGAGCGAGAGGGCUGCGUCUAGCUUGAGAGCAAGGAGACCCUCCGCCUCUUUAAAUAGUGUGGGGCGGGGGAGGGGGGACAGCCUGCCUUAUCUGUACACCCCCUCUCCACCUCCCCAAGCAAAGGCACAGCCUCAACCCGCCCGCUGCGCUUUGCGAGGAGGCGACCGGUCAUCGCGGGCUGUCCGUUGUCGUCUCCCAUCGCCUGGCUUUGCCUCCCUACCCCUCCGACUCCGGCCUCUCUGGGUUGCUGCUCGUGGGGGUGCUGAACGGACAAGCAGCUGAGACAGGGAGGCGAAGUUGAAGGGAAGGGGCAGUUCUGGGCUGGCGCGUUUCACUCCAGGCUCUGGUCAGUGUCAGUCCUAGAGGCGAGCUGGGCAGUGGCAGGGCUCGAGGAAGCUGCCGCUGCUGCUCCCUUGUUGAUUCUGCUGCUGCUGCUGCUGCUUUCCACCGCCGGGCAUAUCAGAGUGCAGCCCCUUCUCUCCACCCUCCCCCAGAAGGCACAGAGAGACACGCAGACAUCCCCAGUUUGCAGGAAUUUCCAUCAGCAAACUGCUGCGAGCCAAGGGGGGAAAGGCACGAGUCGUGAGCGCCCCACAUUCCCCGCUGUCUAAAGGAUCCCGCCGGAUUGUGUCUACUCAGAUCACGCUGUGGAUAUUCGUCUAAUUUCCUCCCCAUUUCCACCUCCUCUCGGUUACCCUUUCGCCCCCGAAAGAUGCUUGGGAGGAAUAGAACCAAAAUUGUUCGUCACUGGAAGAGCUAAAGAGAGAGAGAGGCUAGCUGGCUGGCUGCAGAGCUGGGGUGUAUUUUUUGGGGGGUGAGGGCUGAAAGAAACCAUUUUUUUAAAGUUCAUCAGAGAAAUCUCAGGAUUUCUUUUUGCCUGGAUUUAGGAGAGAGAUAUAAAUAUAUUUACACGUGGGGAACUAUUGGAUUUACUAACAUGAUUUUAGCAAACGUUUUCUGCAUCCUCCUCUUUUUAGACAAGAUCCUCCAUUCCCUGGCAUCCGGCCAAGAUCCUCAUGGUUGGCGUACCCCAGUGGACUGUGUCCGGGCCAAUGAGCUGUGUGCUGCCGAGUCAAGCUGCAGCUCCCGUUACCGCACGCUGCGCCAGUGCCUGGCUGGCCGGGACAGGAAUACCAUGCUGGCCAACAAGGAGUGCCAGGCGGCUCUCGAGGUGCUGCAGGAGAGCCCGCUCUACGACUGCCGCUGCAAGCGGGGCAUGAAGAAGGAGCUGCAGUGCCUUCAGAUCUAUUGGAGUAUACACCUCGGGCUGACGGAGGGAGAAGAAUUUUAUGAAGCUUCCCCUUACGAGCCGGUCACCUCUCGUCUCUCUGAUAUAUUCAGACUCGCUUCAAUUUUCUCAGGAAUGGAUCCUGCCACCAACUCCAAAAGUAACCACUGCCUAGAUGCAGCCAAAGCCUGCAACCUGAAUGACAACUGCAAGAGGCUGCGCUCAGUCUACAUCUCUACCUGCAGCAAAGAGAUCUCGGCCACCGAGCACUGCAACCGCCGCAAGUGCCACAAGGCCCUGCGCCAGUUCUUUGACCGAGUGCCCAGCGAAUACACCUACCGGCUGCUUUUCUGCUCCUGCAAGGACCAGGCCUGCGCUGAGCGCCGCCGGCAGACCAUAGUCCCCAGCUGUUCCUAUGAGGACAAGGAGAAGCCCAACUGCCUGGAUCUGCGGAACAUGUGCCGGACGGACCAUCUCUGCCGGUCAAGACUGGCAGAUUUUCACACAAAUUGUCAAGUCUCUUUCCAGUCACUUACCAGCUGCCCCGGGGAUAAUUACCAGGCGUGUCUGGGCUCCUACGCAGGGAUAAUAGGGUUUGAUAUGACACCCAACUACAUUGACUCGAGCCUCGCCAGCAUCACGGUGUCUCCUUGGUGCUCCUGCAGAGGAAGUGGCAACAUGGAGGAGGAGUGUGAGAAGUUCCUGAGAGACUUCACAGAAAAUCCAUGUCUCCGAAAUGCCAUUCAGGCCUUCGGCAAUGGUACGGAUGUCAAUCUGUCCCCCAAAAACCCCUCGCAGCCUGUCACCCUGCCCCCUAAGACAGAAAAGAGCCCCGCUUUUCCAGAUGACAUCAAUGACAGCAACACCAUCUACGACACCAGUGUGAUCACAACUUGCACCUCUGUUCAGGAACAUGGACCGAAGCUAAACAAAUCCAAAGAGCACAGUCUCUGCUUCUCGGAGACACAGCUGACCACAGACAUUAUGCCAGACCAGAAGACUUUUGUGGACCAGAAGGCAUCUGGCAGCCGACAUUCAGCCAGGGGUAUCCUCUCUGCUCUCCCAUUCCUUCUCAUGAAACUGGCAUUAUAAAGGAGAGAGAAGCAGCAUUGUGAAGGAAAUGCCAACAAAACCCACGCUCGCGUGUGCGCACACCCAAAAACUCUUGCAAGAAUUCUCUCUCUCAAGUUGUUUUCUCCCAGGGUUUCUGCUUUUGAGAAAUUAAAUAAAAGAGAAUCCUUGUGUCAGACACUUAAUGUGCAAGGACAGAGUUAAUGCUGGCCCUGGAAUCACAGACCUCUGGGUGGACAUGCAUCCCAGUGGAUGAACUUUGAUCAUUUUCUUUUAUAGGUACUUAUGGUUUUUUCCUUUCUGAAGCAAGAACCUGAGACUCACAACAAACAGACUCACCCACACACAUAUACAUGCGUGCACACACAAACAAUGGAUCCAAAGCUGUGAACAGAACUAUGGAGGAACAGGCGGUGACCUACUGAAGCUUUGGUGAAGGCCAAGGGACAGAGAAUGACCUGCCACUUCCUGGAUGGACUCUGACAGUGUCAGGAUCACUAUAGCUGUUUGCAAGAGGAUGGAGCAAAGGAUAGAGACCUUUUUUCCCUCCCCAUGUUCAGUUUCUCUUUGCGGCUUGAGAAUUCUAUAUGUUUAAUUCCCACCCCAGAUGAAGUCUGGUGUUCUGUAUCCUGGGAGAUCCCCACGCUAGUGUUUUACAUCCUCCACUCAAACCACGGUGGGGCAGGUGUGUCUGUGGGGGGGCAAUGAAUGUUUCACAUGCAGACCCCAAUCUCCCUUUUGAGGCUGCAUCCCUGACUGGAUGGGCAAACACUGGAUCAGAAUGCAGGCAACUCGGAACCCAGGGGAUCUUUUACCAGUUCCAAGGGGAGAGGAGUGUCUCUUUAAAUCUUUUCCUUUCCUGGGGUUGGUGAAAAUUUUAAAAUCAAACACAAAAACCUCCACCGUUAAAAGGUUGUCAUGACAUUUCCAAAUUGCUCUUUCGAUGGGGAUCUUUUCCUUUAUCCUGUUGGGUUUGGGUUGGAUGGGAGAGGCCAUCCAUGAAUGGGGGCCUCUGUAUGUUACUCUCUUUUCGUUUUCUUUUGUUUUAUAUAUACAUAUAUAGUGUAUGUAUAUAGAGACCACCUAUAUCUACAUAUA